AUGUCAGUCUUGGUUAUUCUAACCAUCAUGGGGAAUUUAUUGGUGAUAGCUGCCGUUUACAAGAACACAAACUUGCAGACAAUAACAAAUUAUUUUAUUGUAAGCCUGGCCGUCACUGAUGGACUGAUUGGUUUUGGUACAUUCCCGACUUUACUUAUGAUUCAACGUCCAGGGGUAUUCUACGCGACGGGUACGUGUUUCAUGCUAAUUGUGCUUUCAUUAACUCCAUAUUGCGUAUCGAUAUACAAUCUCUUCGCCAUUGCUGUUGACAGAUAUAUUGCCAUUAUAUACCCAUUACAUCAUCUGCGAUGGGUAACAGCACCACGAGCCAAAGCUGUUAUUGUCUUAACAUGGAUUGCAAGUUUUCUCAUCAUGGUCGGCAUAGUACUACUAUCCAAACAUUCAAACUACAUUGAGGAAAUCGACUGUAGACUAUGGAAUGAACUCAUACCACUGGGGGUUCAUAUACUUGCGUUUUUCACUUUAUUUGGGAUACCUUUGGUCAUUAUGAUAGUCAUGUAUAUAAGAAUUUUUCUAACUGCCAGAAAACAAAUGAGAAUUAUCCGUGCACAAUUACAAGUGUCUGGACAAGAAACUGUCGAGAUUCAUGGAAAGCUGAAAUCCGCCGUCAUGCCAUGUGUUGUACUAGGAGCCUUUGUGGUAUGUUGGAUUCCACAGUUGAUAUUUAUGCUUCACACAGAAACAAACUAUUGCACUCGAUACUCGUUUAAUGUUGUAGCUGAUAUAUUUGUUGUCAUGAAUUCUGCUAUAAAUCCUUUAAUUUAUGGUUGGUAUAAUAAAGAGUUUAGACACGCGUUCAAGAAAAUGGUUAUUAUAUAA